UUAGCGUCAGCUGGAGCCAACUUUCGGUUAAAACCAAUGGGGAAAAAAAAAAGAAUUUAAAAAUCGAUAUCUCGUGCUCAUCAUUUCGAAAAGAAAACAUGUCGAAAACGGAAGACGAAUGAGAAGGUGGUAGCGGUGGCGGUACUGGUCUUUCAAAACCCGUGCAGGUCCCGUGAAAGCCAAAGUCCCGCACGUUUUAGUCCACCAUUGGCUUGUCAGCUCUCGUCCCGAGCGCACGCGAUUUUCUUUUCUUCAGUCCAUUCCCUUUUUGUCAUUUGAUUCAUUCCAUUUUUAUUAUUAUUAUUUAUUUUUUUUUAUUCUCCGUCGUUUUGCUUGUGUCACACAUCCGAAUCAUUUGUCAUCGUUCAACUGUUUUGCGUUCGUCCUUUUUGACACACGUUUCGUUCAUUCGUUCGUUCACGUUGAAAAAUUCCUCCCCACUGACUUGGCGUGUGGCGAUUUCGACAUGGACACAUCCGGCUCGAGUGAUUAAGAGCGUAAACGUUUCCAAUUCAAGUGUUGUUGUUUUGUUUUGUGCGCAUUGUGUGUCGACAUAUUCGAAUGCGUCAUUUCAUCAUUUUUUUUCACCAAAUCACACAAUCUACUUCCGUCCGGUCUUCAUGAAAACAUCGGCGACUCUUCGCCAAGAUAGUUUGACUUCUGGUGAUUGGUUGGCGCGUUUUCGCCACUUGAAUUGCGCGCUCGAUACGUUGGCCUGUCUCCGCAGACGAGAUACGUUUGCGCACCGCCCCCGCGGACACGAUCCAUUUCAAACGAUUUUGUCUUUGGCGCGAAUGGAGGUCGAGCAACGGUUCCCAAGGAUGCAGCUGGUGAGAAAAGCCGCUGAACAGUACCAGCGUCUUAUCAUGGAUUGCACUCGACCUACUCUGGCCAUCCACCAGCAGCAGACGGUGCGCGAUGCGAACGGAUCGCCGACGAGUAUCCAGCAGAGCAUCAAGCAGCGAGUGGCAGGAGGCGGCACUACCAAGCACAGCAUAGCCAGUCUGAGGAAAUGGCGGCCAAGUAGGAACGGAUUCAAAGCAUCUGGCAUCCCGGCAUCUACGACAACGCACAUAUCAGCCAAAGCGGACAGCAGUGCCAACAACGGUCCAGCAACCGGACGUCACACCUGUUACCACGGCGACAUGACCAUGUUGCAGCUUCUCGCCUUUAAUGCGCUCGAUCUGUCAGCGCCGGCCACCGACGUCCUGUUGAAAAAUCGACGCUCGUCUUGGGUUCAGUUGUCGGGCCAUCCGGGCUCAUUUGCUCCGGCCGGCCUGGGCACCUUAUGGAAGAAGCAAGGUGCGGACAAUAACGAGCAACUUGUUUACGAAGCGCUCAUGAAGGACCCUGCCAGCGACAUCGUUCCAAAGUAUUAUCGCGACGUCAGCUACCAAGGCGAAAGUUUCAUUGAAAUGCAGGACUUGUUGCACGGUUUCACCGAUCCCAACGUCAUCGACAUAAAAAUGGGCACGCGGACGUUUCUCGAAUCGGAAGUGACCAACACAACAGCCCGAUCGGAUCUCUAUCAAAAGAUGGUGAAAGUGGAUCCAACGGCGCCAACCAGGGAGGAAAAUGAGUUGCAGGCCGUCACCAAAUUGCGUUACAUGACGUUUCGCGAGCAACAGAGCUCGUCUUGCAGCCUCGGAUUUCGUAUCGAAGCCAUUAAAUUCCAAGGCAAACCGCCCGUUAGCGAUUUGAAAACGGUGCAGACCCGUGAUGCCGUCCAGUCGAUGCUCGAAGUGUUUGUCGGACAGGGCCGUCCGAGUGUAAAAAAAGAGCUCCUCACUCGGUUGAAACAUAUCAGACAGAAAUUUCAAGAAUCGCCUUAUUUCCAAACGCACGAGGUGGUCGGCAGUAGUAUUCUGAUUAUUUACGACAGCCAACACGUCGGUGCCUGGGUGAUCGAUUUCGCGAAAACUCUCCCACUACCCGACGGACUGGCCGUCACUCACCGUCAGCCCUGGCAACAGGGCAAUCACGAGGAAGGCUGGCUCACGGGUAUCGAUAACCUCAUUCGGGAUAUCGAGGCCCUUUAUUGCGACGCAUCGAAUACGAAAGACGUGCACUUGAAACGAUAAAAUUGAAUUGCGAAAGGUGAAAAAGGCUUCGCAAAAAAAAAUGGAGAGGACAAAAAUUUAGGAUAAUAACUUGCAACGAAAUUCAUCCUUUUUUUUCAUUGGUUUUGUUUGCCCUUCCUCAUUUGUUCCAUACGGUUCUAAAUGCUUAUGUAAAUUGUAAUUGAAUGAAUUGUAUCUUCACGAUUGCCAAUGAACGUCUCGUUGAUUGUAUACGCGGAAAACAACAACAAAGAAAUCAAUUUCCGAGUGUCCGUGUCCAAAUUAGGAAGUCUUUUGAUUCCGAUUUGUGUAGUGUGUGUGUGUGUGUUUGGCCUAGAGGUUUUUGAAAUCACCUUAAAAAAAAAAAUCCCCACGACCUGUUUUUCUUUUGUUUUUACUAUCUCCCACCAGUGCGUGCUUGUUGUUCUCUUAUCUCCAUCGUAUAUCGCUUGUGCCUCGAGACGUCCUUUUUCUCGCCGUAACACACCUCAAGUUUAUCGCCAAGGACCAAACAAAAGAACCCCCCCCCACUCCCAAAAAAAGAAAAGAAAAAAAAAAACUAACAACGAAAAAAAGAAAUUUUUGAGAGAUCCAACUAUCGUAAACUAAGAAUUACGAAAAAUUUGUUGUUGGAAUUAUCUAUAUCUAUUAAUGGAACAUUUUGUGUUCUACAUUUUUUUUUUGUAUCGUAUUUUUGCCCACCUCACGAAUGGUGUCCAUCCGAGAGACGUGGCCAUUCCUUUUUUCUUUUCUUUUUUUAUUCCUGAUUUUUUUUUUUGUUUUUUGUUUAUUUUUGUAUUGCCCGUCUUUUGUAGGCGGCCGAGUGGAAAUGAAUUGACGACGACGUUGACAAUAUAAAAGAAAAAUCUU